AUGUCGAGUCGGCUCAUGACGAUGAAGUUCAUGCAGCGCUCUGCCGCCAAGUCAGUAAACUCGGAACCCUCAACGCCCGAUGGCCCGCCGUCGAAGAGAAUGCGAAUGUCCAACAGUGGUUCGGCGGCAAGCACACCGGGUGCGCCUUCAGAUCGAGAGAUUAUGCAGUCGGCGCUCGCAGCAGAAGAGAAGAAACGCGAAGAGGCUCUUGCGCGUGCGUAUGCGCAUACUGGUGAGACCAAAUGGGAAUUGAGUUACAAGGAUCCUUAUGCUGGCAAGCGAGCGCCUAUGAUGCAGGUUCGACAGGCGGGUUUUGCGGUUAUUGACGCGGACAAUGAUUCUGAUGAGGAAGAGGAGGACAAACCUAUCAGAAUGAAGUUUGGCGGCGGUCUGAAGAAAAAGAAGGCGGCGAAACCAGAUCUGGUCAAGGUAGAGGGCUCAGGAUCGGGAUCAGAGAGUGACUCGGAGUCGUCCUCUGGAGAAAUCGAAUCCGACGACCCUACAGCGGAGCUCAUCAGAGAGACCAAGCGAGAAGUCUCGGCAAAGGAGCGUAAUGCGCGAAGGGCACAGAAGGCUGCUGCGGUGACCCCCGUUAGACGGACCGGUGCACCUAUAGACGAGGACAUGGACCUUGCAGGUCUGACCUCCCUCUCUGGUGGUCGACCAAAUGCGGGCCGCGACAUGAGCAAAGUAGAGUGCUACGGAUGCGGAAAGUUUGGCCACACGAAGGCCGACUGUCCAAACCCAGGCCGCAGGCCGUCCGGUCCUCCAGGGAUGCGCGGUAGUCGAGAUCGCGGUCGCAUGCGAUAUUGA